AUGCCAGGAAAAACACCUAUCAACAAGUUAGCCAUCUUGCUUGCUGGAGUGGCAGCCUUCACGCCUACUCAAGCUGCCGACCCAGCCGAGUUUGAUGUUUUAAAAUACGUCGACCCGCUGAUCGGUACAGCCAAUGGAGGCCAUGUCUUUGCCGGCGCGACGCUGCCCUUUGGGAUGGCGAAAGCGGUAGCCGACGUCACAGGCGAUAACCAGGGCGGCUUCGCCAGCGACGGCAGCAAGAUUAUCGGCUUCAGCCACAUGCAUGACUCUGGAACCGGCGGCUCACCGUCUUUGGGAAACUUUCCUCUGUUCCCGCACCCAGGCUGCCCUGGGAAUAACUUCGAGAGCUGCCAAUACAACAAAGGGACCCGCGCAGUCAACUCCAUCAAUGGCUCGGAGAAGGCGUCGCCGGGAUACUUUUCCGUCGUGCUCGAGACAGGCGUGCAAGGCGAAGCCACCGUAACAGAGCACACGGCACUGUACCGCUUCAUGUUUCCCAAUGGUACCAGCGGAACAGAAGAACCAGCGCAACCCCUGAUCCAAGCAGAGCUGAGCGACCUUCCCAACAGCUUCCGCAAGGGCGAGAUCGCAGUCGACAACGCCACAGGCCGUAUCACGGGCAACGGAACCUUCGCUCCCAGCUUUGGCAGCGGGACGUACAACGCGCACUUCUGCGCUGACUUCUCCGGCGCUACCAUUGUUAACACAGGCGUGUAUCGCUACAACGAGGCCGGCCUCACGCCUAAGCGCCUGCUCGUUAACUCGCAGAUGCAAAGCGACGGCCCAUUCGGCGCGUGGGUCCAGUUCCAGCCGCCCAAAGGCGCGGGGCGCAUCCUCGCACGCGUGGGGUUGAGCUUCAUCAGCAUCGAACAGGCGUGUCAGAACGCAGAGCGAGAAAUUCCGGAGUUUGAUUUCAACGGAGUGAAGAAGGCUGCAGAGGCGGCGUGGCGGACCAAGCUAGGCGUGAUGACUAUUGAUGCAGGGAACGCUAGCACGGCGCUGCAGAAGGUCUUCUGGAGCGGUGCGUAUAGAACGUUCAUCUCGCCUCAGGACUACACCGGCGAAAACCCGCUUUGGACCAGCCAGGAGCCGUACUUCGACUCGUUUUACUGCAUCUGGGACUCUUUCCGGACGAUCCACCCGCUGCUGACGAUCCUGGAUCCGCAAGCCCAGACGCUGAUGAUCCGCAGCUUGCUCGACGUGUAUCGGCACGAGGGCUGGCUGCCCGACUGCCGGAUGAGUCUCUGCAAAGGCUACACGCAAGGCGGGUCGAACGCCGACGUCGUGCUUGCCGACGCACUGGUCAAGGGCCUGACGGCCGACAUCGACUGGGAGACGGCCUACGCAGCCGUGGUCAAGGACGCGGAGCGCGAACCCAAGAACUGGGACCUCGAGGGCCGUGGCGGCCUGCGCAGCUGGAAGAAACUCCACUACAUCCCGGUCGACGACGUCGACAAAGACGGCACCGGCUUGCAUACCCGCAGCAUCUCCCGCACGGUCGAGUACGCGUACAACGACUUUUGCAUCGCCCAGAUGGCGCAGAAGUUUGGCAAGGCGGCCGAUUAUAAAAAGUACGCCAAGCGCAGCACGUACUGGAAGAAUCUGUUCAAGGAGGACCUGGGUUACCAGGAUCCCCUCCUUUGCAGCCCGCUCCUUGACUUCACAGGCUGCUACCUCACCUCGACAGGACACGAGACGUACGAAGGCUCAGCCUGGCUCUACACGUUCUACGCGCCGCACGACAUGGCGUCGCUGAUCCAGACGCUCGGCGGCGCCAAGCCCUUCGCCCGGCGCCUGCUCGCGCUGCACCGCACGCCAGGCCUGCUCUACAUGGGCGACGAGCAAGCGUUCCUAACCGUGUACCUCGGGCACUACGCGGGGCGACCGGACCUGGCAUCGUCGCUCGCGCACCGUUACAUACCGCACCAGUUCAACGCGACGCGCGCGGGCAUCCCGGGCAACGACGACAGCGGCGCCAUGGGCUCGUUUGCCGUCUUCGCCAUGCUAGGCCUGUUCCCGGUCGCGGGCCAGGACGUCUACCUCGUCAGCGCGCCCUUCUUCCGCGAAGCCAGCAUCACGAACCCCCUCACGAAUCGAACGGCCACGAUUAGAGCCCGCAAUUGGGACCCCAAGAGUAAGGCCAGGUUCGUCGUCGAGGCGUCGCUGAAUGGCGAACCUUGGUCUGCGAAUUGGAUCUCGCAUCGGUUUUUUGCGGAGGGCGGCGUGCUGGAGCUGGUGCUUGGGGAGACGAAGGGGUCGUGGGGGACGCAGGAGGCGGACUUGCCGCCGAGCUUGAGCUUGUAG